AUGAAGAGGAAGAUGAGGCUCCUUCGAGCAAUUCGAAACAAAAAGAAAACCCAAAGCAAUGACGAAUCGCCACCGCAGAGCGACUUGACGGGCAUUCACAUAACUGUCGAGUCCAAGAGUACGCCCCCUAUCGAAGAUCGCCAAGUGAACGAGCCAUCAGAGCAAGCAUCAAUUGUAGGUCCGGAACAAGAUAAGAUGCAACAAAGGAAUAUAGCCAUUCAAGAAAUGAUUGCUAAAAAUGCCUAUUUGGAAAAAGUGGCAUACAGCACGAAUAUUACAAAGACACACAAGCCGAAAGAAGAUUCGGAAGGGGGAGGAUUUUUUUGCAUGUGUGGUAAUCUUGGCAAUGCCUGUAGUGAAGGGGAAGAAAUUGAAUCAAUAAGCAGCAAGGCAAUCCGAACAUACAGAAUUAUGAAAGAUAAUCCAAGCGAAAAAGUCGGCUUGUCAUUUGUUGCCUUCAAGCAACAAGGCGGUAUAUUCGUAUGCAAGAUCAAGGAAGGAAGCAAGUUUAAUGAAACUGGCCUAGAGGUUGGAAUGCGUGUUGUUUCAAUCAACGGAACGCCGUGUCCCGAGCGUGUUGGAGCGCUGAUGAAGAUACUCAAGAAGGUGGAAAAAGAGUUGGAACUGCAGGUGGAGCGUGUGGGUUCUAUUCAAGAGAAAAAAGUUGAGGUCCAAGUCCCAAAAGAAGAAGCCGCCCCACGCAAAACAGAGGCAGUGCCUCCAAAGAGAGAAGUUGAGAAGCCGAUGCCAGCACUUGCUACCCCAUUACAAGAAGUUGACAACUCUGAGCGAAGACUGUACAGUUCUGACAUUGGCCUAGAAAACUCAGAACCAGAAUUCGACGAGUCCGAGAAUGACAGCAAAGCAGAGUUGAACAAGAAAAAGUUGGAAUUGAUGAGGAAGCAAGUGGUCCUUAUGAAGAAAAACGGCACAGUCUCUUUCGCUCCAAUCCGUAGAGACCCUCACGUCGUCCCCAAAGAUGUGGAGGGUGAGGACACUGAUGAAACUGGGAGUAGUUCAUCUGAACAUAAUGACCCAUACGCCAAAAUUUACGACAGCGAUUCUUCGCAGGGGUCGAGCACUUUCGCAACAAACGAGUCUUCAGCAUACAACGGUAUGGACCGAUUCGCCUCAAUAGUGGAUGAUUUUGUGCGAGCUGAUGAAGACAAAUUCGCAGUGAAAAAAAGUGAGAGUUUCACAAUAUCCGAGAUCGCAAACAAGAUUAAGGAAGGAGCACCGGUGUGGAUGUUCUUUGAAUAG